AUGAGAGCUGAGUAUCUGCACUACAGUCAACACAUGGGUGAAGAUUUGGGGAAACUUCAUCCUUGUCUUUCGUGUGUAUGCGUGUUUACAAAUGCCCAUGCGGCUAUAUAUAUAUAUAGCGAGAGAGAGAGAGAGGGGGGAAAAGAAAUCAGGAGGGUUUGGGAAGGGGAAUUGUGCUUUUUGCUUAGUGAAAUGGCAGAAGGGAAGGCGAUUGAAAACCUUUUGUUGAUUUUACUCUUUGUUGCGACAAGAUGUCUUGCGGUCGUACGUGCACUUGGGUGGCGGAGGAGACAACAUGGCUUGCUAGGGGACAGGCGCCUGUUGUUUCUUCUACCGUCGCCACGUUCCACAGGAUGUGGAGUGCUGUUUUCACUCUGCCAGCGUUCAUCGUCGCUGUUGGCGCUCCGUUUUUCUCGAGCGCCCACGUCCCAACAUUUUUAUUUUUUAUUUUUUUGUUUUUUACUCGUUUAUUUCACGAGGGUGUUUUUUUUUGUGUGUCUGCUCGUGCCGCAUGUCGCCCGCCCUCAAACUUUCAGAGGGGUGUCAAAGGAAAGCAACAAAAAUAAAUAUGAAUGA